GAGUCUAGGAAGUAAAGUUUUUGUAGCCUUUUAAUCUAAAUCUAGCUGAAAUGCAUUUCUGACAUUACAGCUACAGGUGGCUUUUAUUUUAACAUUCUACAUCCGAUUGUCCUGCCAUUGACUGCUCUUUAGUUUUCUGUUAAGUCAGUUCCACAUUUAUUUUGAAUUCAGUGGUUUCACGCUCCUACCGUAUUGUCUUUUGCACACAAUAUCAAAUAUCGUAGGGGCUGGCUUAACUGUCGUUUUAGAAGUGGAGGCUGGCUUGAGCGCAGUUGCAACUACAGCAUGCAGGAAGGGGGUGGAGAGUCUGCCUCAGUGAUUACCUGUUGGUUGUGAUAUACAACCUCAUUACGUCAUAUAUUAGACGACCACCAUGAAGUCUCACGUGAAGCGGACUUUCUUCCUCCUGACUUCUGUUCUGUUGCUCUCCGUUUCUGCAAACUUGUUGGUGCCCGAGGUCCACACAGCCCUUGGAGGUCUAAGAGGUGAGUAUGUGAGUGUAAAGGGAAAGGAGACUGGGGUCCAUGCCUACCUGGGUGUCCCUUUUGCCAAGCCACCUGUAGGCCCUGCUCUGAGACUCUCUGCACCUCAGCCUGUGGAAGGAUGGAAUGGAGUAAGAGAUGCCACCCAGCAGCCACCCAUGUGUAUUCAACAUAAAACAAUCAUUCUUGAACUCUUUGAAAAAGUUGGCGAUAUAGCUGCAGAUAUCCCCGACAUUUCCGAGGACUGUCUGUACCUCAACAUUUACACACCUGCAAAUAGAGCUGAUGAUGCCAAGCUCCCAGUUAUGGUCUGGAUCCAUGGAGGAGGGUUUGCUAUAGGAUCAGCGUCAAUUUCUGAUGGCUCUGCCUUGGCUGCUUACCAGGAUGUAGUGGUGGUUCUGAUCCAGUACCGCCUUGGGCUCCUGGGACAACUAAGCACUGGAGAUGAACACAUGUCUGGGAACUUUGGCCUUCUGGACCAGGUACAGGCUCUGAGGUGGAUCAAGCAGCACAUUCACAGCUUUGGAGGUGACCCAGAUCUAGUUACCAUAUUUGGGGAGUCUGCUGGUGGAGUAAGUGUGGCCCUUCUGCUUCUUUCUCCAUUGAGUGAUGGACUGUUCCACCAUGCCAUUGCUGAGAGUGGCACUGCUGCAAUAGAUUUACUUCUUGAGAAUGACCCUCUACCAACGACAAAGAUGGUAGCAAAUAUCACCGGCUGUACCUUCGACAGUAAAGAGAAGUUUGCUGCUUGCAUGAGAAACCUUGAUCUUGAGACUAUUUUAACGAUGGCGCAGGACCUAACAUUGAGAUUUCCUAUAAAUGUUGAUGGACACUUCCUUACAAAACCUGUGGAUGAGCUGUUCUCUAAACAUGAACUUCUUACUAUACCAUUCAUGACUGGUGCUACCAAUCACGAAGGAGGCUUUUUACUUCCUGAUUUCCUUGCACCCAAAAACUGGACAGAGGGAAUGGAUCUGGAGCCUAUCAAGAACAUUCUCUUAAUAUUUUACCCCGAUCCAGUCAUCGUAGAUAUGAUGAUGGAUGAAUACAUGGGAAGUGGUGAAGAUCCCGUGAAAAAUAGGAAUGGAUUCACCGAGCUGCUUGGGGAUAUGCUCUUCACAAUUCCAGCCAUCAAGACUGUUAAUGUUCACAGAGAUGCCGGUGCACCUGUAUACCUCUAUGAGUACCAGCAUCCUCCACAAUUCCUGCAGGCCAAAAGACCUAGCUUUGUGAAGGCUGACCAUGGAGAUGAAGUCUUUACAGUAUUCGGCCUCUGCUUCACAACUAAACACAUCACACUGACAGAAAAUGCAUGUACUGAAGAGGAGGAGCAGUUAUGCAAAACCAUGAUGAGCUACUGGGCCAACUUUGCUCGUUCAGGGUCUCCAAAUGGGGAAGGCCUUGCUCACUGGCCAGAGUAUGGAACCGAAGAACACUACAUGAAAAUUGAUUUGAAGGAGCAAGUCAUUUAUGAACACCUGAAGAAGGAGCGGUUUGUCUUCCUGACCCAGACCCUGGCAGAGAAAAUCAAGGAGAGGAUGGCAUGGAUGAUGCCUGAGGUCCACACAGACCUUGGAGGUCUAAGAGGUGAGUAUGUGAGUGUAAAGGGAAAGGAGACUGGGGUCCAUGCCUACCUGGGUGUCCCUUUUGCCAAGCCACCUGUAGGCCCUGCUCUGAGACUCUCUGCACCUCAGCCUGUGGAAGGAUGGAAUGGAGUAAGAGAUGCCAACAAGCAGCCACCCAUGUGUAUUCAACAUAAACCAAUCAUUCUUGAACUCCUUGAAAAAGUUGGUGAUUUAACUGCAGAUAUCCCUGACGUUUCCGAAGACUGUCUGUACCUCAACAUUUACACACCUGCAAAUAGAGCUGAUGAUGCCAAGCUCCCAGUUAUGGUCUGGAUCCAUGGAGGAGGGUUUACUGUAGGAUCAGCAUCAAUUUAUGAUGGCUCUGCCUUGGCUGCUUACCAGGAUGUAGUGGUGGUUCUAAUCCAGUACCGCCUUGGGCUCCUGGGACAUCUAAGCACUGGAGAUGAACACAUGUCUGGGAACUUUGGCCUUCUGGACCAGGUACAGGCUCUGAGGUGGAUCAAGCAGCACAUUCACAGCUUUGGAGGUGACCCAGAUCUAGUUACCAUAUUUGGGGAGUCUGCUGGUGGAGUAAGUGUGGCCCUUCUGCUUCUUUCUCCAUUGAGUGAUGGACUGUUCCACCAUGCCAUUGCUGAGAGUGGCACUGCUGCAAUGGAUUUGAUUGUUGAGGAUGACCCUCUACCAACGACAAAGAUGGUAGCAAAUAUCACCGGCUGUACCUUCGACAGUAAAGAGAAGUUUGCUGCUUGCAUGAGAAACCUUGAUCUUGAGACUAUUUUAACGAUGGCGCAGGACCAAACAUUGAGAUUUCCUAUAAAUGUUGAUGGACACUUCCUUACAAAACCUGUGGAUGAGCUGUUCUCUAAACAUGAACUUCUUACUAUACCAUUCAUGACUGGUGCUACCAAUCACGAAGGAGGCUUUUUACUUCCUGAUUUCCUUGCACCCAAAAACUGGACAGAGGGAAUGGAUCUGGAGCCUAUCAAGAACAUUCUCUUAAUAUUUUACCCCGAUCCAGUCAUCGUAGAUAUGAUGAUGGAUGAAUACAUGGGAAGUGGUGAAGAUCCCGUGAAAAAUAGGAAUGGAUUCACCGAGCUGCUUGGGGAUAUGCUCUUCACAAUUCCAGCCAUCAAGACUGUUAAUGUUCACAGAGAUGCCGGUGCACCUGUAUACCUCUAUGAGUACCAGCAUCCUCCACAAUUCCUGCAGGCCAAAAGACCUAGCUUUGUGAAGGCUGACCAUGGAGAUGAAGUCUUUACAGUAUUCGGCCUCUGCUUCACAACUAAACACAUCACACUGACAGAAAAUGCAUGUACUGAAGAGGAGGAGCAGUUAUGCAAAACCAUGAUGAGCUACUGGGCCAACUUUGCUCGUUCAGGGUCUCCAAAUGGGGAAGGCCUUGCUCACUGGCCAGAGUAUGGAACCGAAGAACACUACAUGAAAAUUGAUUUGAAGGAGCAAGUCAUUUAUGAAAACCUGAAGAAGGAGCGGUUUGUCUUCCUGACCCAGACCCUGGCAGAGAAAAUCAAGGAGAGGAUGGCAUGGAUGAUGCCUGAGGUCCACACAGACCUUGGAGGUCUAAGAGGUGAGUAUGUGAGUGUAAAGGGGAAGGAGACUGGGGUCCAUGCCUACCUGGGUGUCCCUUUUGCCAAGCCACCUGUAGGCCCUGCUCUGAGACUCUCUGCACCUCAGCCUGUGGAAGGAUGGAAUGGAGUAAGAGAUGCCACCAAGCAGCCACCCAUAUGUAUUCAACAUAAACCGUUUGUUGUUGAGCUCAUGGAACAACUUGAUGGUAUGAAGGCAGAUAUCCCCGACGCUUCAGAAGACUGUCUGUACCUCAACAUUUACACACCUGCAAAUAGAGCUGAUGAUGCCAAGCUUCCAGUUAUGGUCUGGAUCCAUGGAGGAGGGUUUUCUAUAGGAUCAGCAUCAAUUUAUGAUGGCUCUGCCUUGGCUGCUUACCAGGAUGUAGUGGUGGUUCUAAUCCAGUACCGCCUUGGGCUCCUGGGACAUCUAAGCACUGGAGAUGAACACAUGUCUGGGAACUUUGGCCUUCUGGACCAGGUACAGGCUCUGAGGUGGAUCAAGCAGCACAUUCACAGCUUUGGAGGUGACCCAGAUCUAGUUACCAUAUUUGGGGAGUCUGCUGGUGGAAUUAGUGUGUCCCUUCUGCUUCUUUCUCCAUUGAGUGAUGGACUGUUCCACCAUGCCAUUGCUGAGAGUGGCACUGCUGCAAUGGAUUUGAUUGUUGGAAAUGACCCUCUACCAACAACACAGAUGGUAGCAAAUAUCACCGGCUGUACCUUGGACAGUAAAGAGAAGUUUGCUGCUUGCAUGAGAAACCUUGAUCCUGAGACUUUUUUAACGAUGGCGCAGGACCAAAGUUUGAGAAUUGUUGUGAAUGUUGAUGGACACUUCCUUACAAAACCUGUGGAUGAGCUGUUCUCUAAACAUGAACUUCUUAAUAUACCCUUCAUGACUGGUGUUAACAAUGAUGAAGGAGGCUUUUUACUUACUGGCUUCUUUGCACCCCAAAACUGGACAGAGGGGAUUGAUCAGGAGCAUAUCAAGAACAUUCUCUUAAUGUUUUACCCCGAUCCAGUCUUAGAAGAUAUGCUGAUAGAUGAAUACAUGGGAGGUGGGGAAGAUCCCGUGAAAAAUAGGAAUGGAUACACUGAGCUGCUUGGGGAUAUGCUCUUCACCAUUCCAGCCAUCAAGACUGUUAAUGCCCACAGAGAUGCCGGUGCACCUGUAUACCUCUAUGAGUACCAGCAUCCUCCCAAUUUCCUGCAGGCCAAAAGACCUAGCUUUGUGAAGGCUGACCAUGGAGAUGAAAUCUUUUCAGUAUUCGGCUUCUGCUUCACAACUAAACACACCACACUGACAGAAAAUACAUGUACUGAAGAGGAGGAGCAGUUGAGCAAAACCAUGAUGAGCUACUGGGCCAACUUUGCUCGUUCAGGGUCUCCUAAUGGGAAAGGCCUUGUUCAGUGGCCAGAGUAUGGAACCGAAGAAAACUACAUGAAAAUUGAUUUGAAGGAGCAAGUAUGUGAUCAACACAUGAAGAGGAACCGGUUCGUCUUCAUGACCCAGACCUUGGCAGAGAAAAUCAAAGAACAAAAAGAGAAGAUGGAACACAGCGAGCUGUAGAACAGUUUGCUUUAUAAAUCAUUUGUUUUCAUUAACCAUCAAGUCAGCCAAAAACUGAACAUACUGUGAGACAUUUGGAAAAUUAAGUGGUGAUUAAAUUCAAUUCAAAAUCAAACAGCUUUUUUAGCCUAUACAAUUCAUUAUACAAUGUGUGGUAUUUUUAUUCUUCAAUUGAUCUUCAAAAGACUUGCAUUGAAAGAUUGAACUUCAUUAAGUGUUUAAGUAAUGGUGGGUCAAAUUAUUCAGUAAUACUUUGUUUGUAUCCCUCACUCAAAUUUUCCAACAGUUGUAUUCUCUAUUCACAUAAACAAACAAUAGGAACAUACAAAACCAACAUUUCACAUAGUGGUGUUAAGCUGAGUUGUAAUCAGGGUCUUUUGAAGGUCCAGCACCAGUAUCAAAGGUGAAUAAUACAAUCUACUGAUAACCCGAGUUUGUCUGCAAUCUAUGGUUUUAUGUGUCUCCGGCCUCUCACAGCCGUCAAGGGAGAUAAAUGUUCUAGGCGAUGGUUGAAAAAACAGUAUACUUGCAUCAAAGCAAUGUGCUAUACAUGCAAACAAUGGAAAAGAAUAAAUAGAUUUGACAAAACCUUG